CAAAAGUUUAGGACUUGCAAAGGUGCGGGGUUUUGUAGCCCAAAUGAAGUUUACAGCCGAUUUCGAGUACCGGGGUUCUGCUAAAUAAUCUGGGGGUGCAAGUAGAAGGGUUCAAAUCAGCAAUUCCUGGGAACGUUUUAACGGAGGAGGGGGGGUGGAUUUCAUCGAAUCGAACCUCCGAACGAUAGUAUCUCCAGACUUUGAUGAUUAGGCCAUAAUGACAGCUGAAGAUUCUACUGCAAGGAUGAAUAAUGAUUCCUCCAGCAUGCAAACCAAUAAAAUCCCCGAAGGGCUCUCGGGCGCGCCAAACGAGGCCGCACUACUGCAGUUAUUAGACCGCACCGGCUACACCAUGAUUCAGGAGAACGGGCAACGAAAGUAUGGAGGUCCACCUCCUGGCUGGGAAGGCUUACACCCUCCUCGGGGCUGCGAGGUCUUUGUGGGCAAAAUUCCUCGGGAUGUCUAUGAGGACGAGCUGGUCCCCGUGUUUGAGACCGCAGGACGGAUCUAUGAAAUGCGGCUGAUGAUGGAUUUUGAUGGUAAGAACCGUGGCUACGCCUUUGUGAUGUAUACACAGAAAUAUGAAGCCAAGCGUGCGGUCAAAGAACUCAACAACUACGAGAUCCGUCCAGGAAGACUGUUAGGAGUAUGUUGCAGCGUGGACAAUUGCCGGCUCUUCAUCGGUGGGAUCCCCAAGACAAAGAAGCGAGAGGAGAUUUUGGAAGAGAUCUCCAAGGUGACGGAAGGGGUGCUGGACGUCAUCGUCUACGCCAGCGCGGCCGAUAAGAUGAAGAACCGCGGCUUUGCUUUUGUGGAGUAUGAAAGCCACCGAGCGGCUGCCAUGGCAAGAAGGAAGCUCAUGCCUGGCCGAAUCCAGCUGUGGGGGCACCAGAUCGCCGUUGAUUGGGCCGAGCCAGAGAUCGACGUGGACGAAGAUGUCAUGGAGACGGUGAAAAUCUUGUAUGUGAGGAAUUUGAUGAUUGAGACCACGGAGGAGACCAUUAAGAAGGUCUUUGGCCAGUUUAAUCCUGGCAGCAUAGAACGGGUGAAGAAAAUCCGAGAUUACGCUUUCGUGCAUUUUACCAGCCGGGAAGAUGCGGUUCACGCCAUGAAUAACCUCAACGGCACUGAACUGGAAGGAUCAUGUCUGGAGGUCACGUUGGCCAAGCCAGUAGAUAAAGAGCAAUAUACCAGAUACCAAAAAGCUGCCAAAGGAGGAGCAGGAGCAGGAGCAACCGCAGCCGAAGUGACUCAACAACCUAACUAUGUUUACUCUUGCGACCCGUACACUCUUGCCUAUUACGGGUAUCCGUACAACGGCCUGAUUGGUCCAAAUCGAGAGUACUUUGUGAAAGCAGGCAACGUUAGAGGCAGAGGACGAGGGGCGGCAGGUAACCGAGCACCUGGCCCCAGAGGAUCCUACCUGGGCGGUUACUCUGCAGGCCGCGGCAUUUAUAGCAGAUACCACGAAGGGAAAGGAAAACAACAAGAAAAGGGCUACGAGAUGGUGCCCAGUCUGGAAUUGCCUGCAGUCAGCCCCAUGGCAAUCAAACCAGGAACAGUGGCAAUUCCAACCAUUGGAACCCAGUAUUCCAUGUUCCAAGCCACACCAGGCACCAAGGUGAUCGACGAUGGGAAGAUCCAUGCAGUAGAACAUAUCAUCAGUCCUAUCAGUGUCCAGCAGGAUCCAGCAAGUGCCGCGGCUGCUGCCGCAGUGGCAGCAGGUGCAGUCAUACCUGCAGUUUCCACCCCACCUCCUUUCCAGGGCCGUCCGAUAACUCCCGUGUACGCCAUGGCGCCUAGUAUGCAGAGAAUUCCAGCCACGGGAAUCUACGGCGCAGGCUACGUUCCAUUCGCGGCUCCUGCAGCUGCCACCACAAUUGCCACACUACAGAAGAAUGCAGCCGCCGCUGCCGCCGCCGCAGCUUAUGGGGGAUACGCUGGGUACAUUCCCCAAGCAUUUCCAGCUGCCGCCAUUCAAAUCCCCAUCCACGAUGUCUAUCAAACCUACUGAGAUUUGCUGGCCAUUGGGGGUGGAUGGGGGUAGAUCGAAGGUGAAGGAACAUUUUACUAUUUAUGAAGAAAAA